ACAUCACGUGGUGGUCCUCGCCUCAUCACCAUCAGCAGAACUGACCACGGCUUCGGCUUCACUUUGCGCCACUUCAUCGUAUACCCUCCUGAACUCUCGGAGCUGCUGGCCGACCAUGGUGGGUCCGCGGCGUCGUCCCUGUCCUCCCUCGAACCCCUCGACACCAUCUUCGUCAAAAACGUGAAGCCUGGCAGCGCCGCGCACCUGGCUGGCCUCAGGACAGGUGAUCGUGUUGUAAGUGUAAACGGGGAGAGUGUUGCGACCCAGAGCUACCAGCAGGUUGUAAGCACCAUCCAGCGUUCUCCACCUGUGCUCCAGCUUAUGGUAGUGCCCAGGGAGGAGGACCUUUUGCAACAGGUGUUUGGGGAGACUGCACACAACCCAGAAAGCAACUUAGAUGUAAGAAUGCCCACACCCAGCCCUGGCCACAUACCUCCACAGCAACCUAACAGACAGCAUCUUCCACCAUCAAACUUUUCACACUCGCCUUUGGGAAUUCCUCAAUAUCCACAGAAUCUUUCUCCAUCUGCGUGGUCGUCACAGUCAUCCCUAUCUUCACAUAUAUCUAACAUGUCAACUGGUCCUCAUCCGCCACCCGUUAUGGUGGUCCAUCCACCAUUUCAUCAGCGACCGCAUCAGGCAUCUGUGAUCCCUCCACCCCAUGGUGCACACAUCCCCAUUCACCCUCACCAUCAGCAAACAGCAACCCGUCAAAACCAGGCAAAUGUACAAUAUAGACAAGGACCUCGAAAGCAUUCUCUGGCAAGUGCAGGGGAUGCCAAGAAGUCAACUGUGGGUAGUGUCAAUAGAAAACAAUCCUUACCAAUGGUGGUAGAUAGAAAACAAGCUGUGUAUACCAUUCAAAAUACAAUACCUGGAGUGCCUCAUCAUGUGCCUUCUCCACCUGGUAAUCAAAGUUCUUUGCCUGCAAGUACAAAUGCUACUGGAACUGCCCCUCAAGUAGCAACAAGUGAACAUGCCAGUGCUUCUGUGUUUGGUGUUUAUGAACCUAUUUUAGAUAGAGCUGUUGGAAGAGGAAGUUUUAGGGACAGCAGAAGGUUAGAACGUGAUCCUGAUGGACGUAUAUAUGAAGUUGUCCAGACCAGAGUAGUGGAAAGCAAAUUCAAUACUGGUGACAGUGAUAAGAAAGAAAGUGGUAGACAAAAUAAAGGUCACCAUUCAAACCAGGGAACUCACAUAGGCCGGAAAACAUCAGUUGGAGAUUCUGAUGUUAAACGUGUUCGUGUUCAAUCACUCUCUCCUCCUAGACUGAAAGUUGACCAAGUUCAUGCACGAAGUGCAAGUGUGAAUACUCGAUCCGAAGCCUUGAAUAAUAAUGGUGUCAACGAGGGAAGUAUUCAUGGUAGUCAUCAAAGUCUCAAUAGCACAAAAAGUGAAGGAAAGAACACAAAUCGCCAAAACACACAUUCUAGGAAAAGCUACUCUGAACCAAUUUCUAGUAAUAAGGAAAAUUAUAUGACUGAUGACAAAUCAACUCAAGAGGUAAUAGAGAGAAUCAAGAAGGACACAGAAAGGAAAGAGGAGUUUUUACGAAGACCUAAUCAGCCCAUUUGGCUUCCUGCCAGCAAAAGCCCUGUCAUUCACAGUGACUAUCAUGUAAAUCCACAGAAAUUUCAGCGUCCCAUAUGGCCUCCGCCUGGAGCUCAGACCCCUCCUUCACCAGGAGCUAUCACAAAGGCACUCACAUUCAUUGUUGCACCAAAACAAGACCAUUCUCAUUUACGGAGGGUAAAGUCUGAGAUUGAGCAGAGGCAAAAUUCUAUUGACAAUAGUUCAAGUAUGAGAGGAAGUAGUGUCCCAGCUGGUAGCAAUAUGAGUGAGAGCUCAAUAGCAGGUCAAGAGAUGGAUGGGACACCUGAGGCUGAACACACUAAGCAAAAUUUGCCUGUAGCUCAAGGUGCUUCUGGUGCAUUACCUCGUUCUUUGGUGGUCAAUGCUGUUCCCAAACCAUAUGUUGGAAGUGCUUCUGAGGCUAACCCUGCAAAUUUGAGAUUUGGAAAGUCCUUCACAACGACUCUCUCUCGUAUUCAGGAAAAUAUUCCCAUACCAGAAUAUGGUUCAUCGUCAUCCCUCACAAGUCAAGGUCAGACAAGUAGUAAACAGGGAGAUACUUCCCAGGGUGUCACCCCUGGGGGUACUCCAAGUGGUAGUCAAACUUCUUUAAAUUCUGCAAGUCUUCGAUCCAUACCUUUAGCAUGGGUAGGCGAUAAUGAACGUAUAAAGCAGCUUCAGAUUGUAUCCCGAAGAGCUAAGCAGUUUGAGAGUAGUCAGUUGGAGAAAGAAGCAUCUGCUAAGUCUGCAUUCCACCGCUUUGAGCUUUCUCGCCUGUCUCAACGCUCAAAGAUACCCAAUGUAGCUCAGAGGAAACAAGAAUUUGAGACCAAAGACCAAUUACCACCUGGUUUUGACUUUGAAUUUGGCACACACUUCAAUAACACACCAAGGCAGCGUAAGAGUGCAGAAUUAAUGAAAGGUGACCUGGUCUGUCAUGAGAUGUCUCCUUCACCUCCUAAGGUGUUUAGAUCUCUCUCUGACGGAGGUAAUGUGUUCCCUGUCAAUAGAAGGCUCUACUCACCAACAGCAGAAGAGGGUGUUAAAACUGCGACAGUGUCAGAAGCUGGUGUUGUGAGACGGGUUGCUAUAAAUCGCACCAUACCUGUUGGUGGUCCUCACAUACACUGUGAACCACCACCUCUUUAUGGGUCCUCACACAGGCCUCAGAGUGAUCCAGAUGUUUUGGAGAGGGAACGAUCCAAUUCAGUUUGCUCACAGGUAUCUAUGACGAGUCUCUUGUCGACACAAUCAAUGGAUGAAACGGGCAGUAGUCGACAAAAGACAGUAGCUCGUCAGAAUUCUUAUCUCAGUGCCCUGCGGUCGCCCCUUCAUGACGGAGAGCUAGCGAAGAAACCCGGUGAUCCUAAACCGCCCUCAUUCCCCCAACCUGCGACCACCACCACACCCACGGGUGGCCACGCCCUCCGCCCAAAACGCCCAACCUUCUUGCCAAUCAAGAACCAUGCUCGUCCCGCUCUCUCGUCCAAUGACAAGCAGUCCCCGAGCCGCGUUGGCAAGGGAUUGGAGGAGAGAACGCAUGAGUCCCUCUCUCUUUAUGCGAGCACCAAUCAGAAAGCACAUCCUUCCUCGGCACUCAACAGCCUGCCCAAUAGCAUGUACCAGUUUCCAGCAGUGGCGGCCUCAUCGUCGCAGGCACAUACCCCGGGCGCGGGCGGGGGCACAGGCGUGCCUGGGGGUGCAUUGGUGACGUCGGCAUCAACGCAAGACGAGGGCGAGCGGCUGGUGCGGCGGGUGUCGUACCUGAAGGCCACAUCGGGGGACCGCAUGUUGGUUCUCGGGGCGAGGGACUCGAGGGCGUGGUGGCAGACGGGGGCGUGGUGUCGAGAGUGGGCACCCCCGUGACCCCAGGGGGACCCUUGUGCGUGGGGGACCUGCCCUCCCCUGCCUCCCUCCAGUCCGCCAUCCUCAGGCAAGGGUCGCUGCACGUGAAGCUCACAAUGGUCGACGGCAAGAGAGCGGGCGACAGGUCUUGGAAAACAGUGUGGGCGGUAGUACAAGGACACGCCCUCAUCUUCUACAAGGACCGCCAGCAUGCCCUACAGACAAAGUUCUACAAGUGAUUCAUUAUCACCUACCAUGGAACCUGAAACACCAUCUAGCCAAGCACUUCUACUUCACAACAUUCAGAAAGUUGAAGGUGCAAAGGGAGACUUAAAGAAGGAUAUUGUUUCUUCCAUCAUUUCAGCAGCAAAUAGAAAAGUUCACAAAGUGAAAUACAAAAAGCCAGUUGAUGACAAGCCAGUAGAUGAUAUUAAAUAUAGUGAUAAGGAAGGAGGUUUUGAAGAAAGAGAUAUUGAUAAGGAAGCAGAAUUAAGAAAGCAAAGAUUAUUAGCUAAACAGAUUGAAAGUAUGGUUGAACUGCCGGAUCCAAAACCAAUGAGUGAACGUAAGAUCUCAAAUAUGAGCUUAAUGAGUGUUCAUGGUCAUCCUUCUAGUAUGUCUAGUUUAACACAGAGUAGCGAAAGGACUAGUGCCAGUGAACAGGGAAAGCACAGUUUACCUGAACAGGAUGGCCGUCUGUUUUGUGUUAUCAAGAAAGACGCGUUAUCUUCUAGCACACCACCACCCCCCGGUAGUAGUUCUGUCAUAGCUCCCUCCUGUCAACAAUCUAGUCAGCUGACAACGCCAGAGACAUCCUCCCUCUUUGGAGAUGAAGUAGCUAUUCGUUCUUAUGCUGGCCUCAGUGCUAGCACUCAGGAACGAAUCAGGCGAUUUGAAAUGGAGACACGAGCUAUGCUUCACCGUGACCUGACUAAACACGAACUCUGGCAGCGAGCUAAGCAGGACAUGGAAUCAGAAGAUAUCCUUGACCAAUUAGCUGACAACCCAACAGAGGUUGUGCGCAAGAUUUCUGACUACUCAUGGCGGCUUCAAGGGCUCAGUGAGAGUAUGGGUGGGGACCAAGGAUCACUAACUUCCCAGAGUUCCAGCACAAGUUCCCAGACUGGUCUCAUCUCAGCAGCCCUCUCUCACCAUCCCCUCUCUAACACAUCACUCACACCCACCACUAAUGCUACCACCCAGGUUAUAAAUGGUCCAGAAAUGGGAAUGCCACGAUGUGGUUCCUUAGACUCAUUACGUGAUGGUUCACAUAUACCCCAUGAUGAUGAAUGAAAAGAUCAGAUGGCCAGGAUGGCUUAGGAAGGUCACGUGACUUACCAAGGAAAUCAGAGGCCAGAGAAAAUUCCAUCUCUUCUGCAAGAAAAAGUUCUGAUGUGCGGAGUAGAAGGCAUAAUGUGAAAGAACUGAAAGAAAAAUUUGAACAGAACACAGACAGUCACCAAGUAGCAGUCCCAUGAAGCCAUCAAAUAGUAAUCACUACAAUAAUAUCAGCAGCAGUAGCAAUAAAACUAGUAAGUCUAGCAUGCGGCGAUCAGGUUAUCGUGGCACAUCAAAAGACCCACACUGUAGGAGGCACGAAGGACUUAGCCAAGUGGGCAUGGUUACAUAGUGGGGAAAUGUCUAGAAUAGUCCCCGUUCUACUCGUCUUUCAGCAUGGGAGCGAUUGCAACCACUUGUGGCAGAUGAGAGGUUGAACACUGACAGGUCUUUAGAGGCAUGGUUAGCCCGUGAACGUAUAAGGACAUCUUCACCUGACUUAUCUAGACCACAGCAGUUAGUUCUUCCAUGUGACAUGGAUGAUAAGGAAAACCUUCAUCGUCGCCUAAGUGUCCAGGAGGUUGUCCUGAAUCCACUGUAUCCUGUGCUGGAGAGUCAUGUGUAAAUGGUGUCUGGGACCUAAGUCCUUAUCAGUGUUUAGGUUACUCUUUUCAUCUGAUCCAAUACCUAUUAAUUGUGCUGAAAAUAUAUUUCCUCUAAUACAAACAGUUAGGAAUGUUUAAGUGUUGGAUUCUAAGAAGGGUAAUGAACAGUGCUGUGAUUUUUAUCUCUUUUAAGUCUUCUAAACGAGCAUAUCACUGUAUAUAGAAAUUUAUCAACUUGUGAACUUGACCUGUACAGCUUAGAUGACUAAACUCAUCCUGUAUAUAAAGUUUAUAGAUACUAGUUAAUAAUUCAUUGCAUUUUCACCUGUUUAUAGCUUUGUAAAUAUCAUGCCAGUCUUGCUAAGCAAGAGAUUCAUGUUGCAUGGAUAUGAAAGCUACAUUUGUCUGCCAAUUUUCAUGUAUGCUGCAAACAUUUCAUCAAAAAUGUAUAGUAUAUCAGAGAUUAAAUAUCAUUUUAUAAUUAAAUACUAUUAAAAUGGUUGCAUGUUGACUGAAAGAUGUAGGUAUUCAAGUAUAAGAUGUCCAGUACAAUAUUAAUAAUUGGCAUAAAGUAAUACCUCAUAAUUGAUGUUCAAUCAUGUAAUUUCAUAUCCUUCAUUAUUCUGCAGAUAGUAAGAUGUUGACAGAUGCAUUAUCCUAAGAAGUCAUUGUAUUAUAUUGUUACAGUGGCUUACUGUUGAAGCCUUAUAACCUUUAUUUCUGCUGAAUAAAUAAUGCUCUGUUUUUUUCA